CAUGUCUGUAUUGCUCGUUGAAACAUCCAUUGCUCCACACUUCCACUUGAAUCUCUCAUAGAUAAAAAGUCUCCUAUUCCAAACUGAACAAGCGAAUAUUUCUGGCUGGCUUUUGCAGAGUCAAUUUGGCCUAAAAAAUUACAAAAAAGACUAAAAAUCAAAAAAGCCUCCCCUAAACUCCAUGGCUGGUGCUCACAUUAGCAUAGGCAAUGUCCCCUGACAUCCGGGCAGCAGGCAGGAGCAUCUGUGCCGGAGGGCUUGGGGGUGUUGGUGGAGGAGGGAGGGAGGAAAUCUGGAACCCAUAAGCUCCACUGAUGUUUGCAUUACCUUGCACGGCUGCAUUGGUCUGUGCCUGGUCCGCCCACGGUCCUCCUCGCCCUAUCAGCAAGAGCCAUUCCCCAAAGUUAUCCGAACGCCCUCCUCUCCGUAGCCCAAAGGAAAAACCAACCGAGCUCCUUGGAGGGCUCUGCAAGGCUUGGGAAGUUUGGGGAGGCUGAAGGGUGGAUGCUCCAGGCUGUACCUCUUGAGCGGGCGCCGGCUCCUCUCCAGGCCGCCUUGCCGAUGUGCUGCGGCUGUCGCAUCUCGUGAGACCCCCCCAGAGCCCUUCGCCCGCAAGGUGCCGAGAAGAUGAAAGAGGAAAGCAUGUGCCCGGACUCCCCCGAAGGCAGCCUGGUCACCAGCGAGGAGGAAGGCGAGCGGCUGCACAAGAAAUGCCUCCGCAAGCGUGGCCAGGGGGGCAAGGCGGCGGAGGAUUGCGGUGCGCCCUCGCCGCAGGGCAAGCGGAGCAAGCGCAGCCCCGUGCCGCAGUCCUUCGAGGACGUGCACACGCAGCGCGUGAUCGCCAACGUGCGGGAACGCCAGCGGACCCAGUCGCUCAACGACGCCUUCGCGGAGCUGCGGAAGAUCAUUCCGACGUUGCCCUCCGACAAGCUGAGCAAGAUCCAAACCCUCAAGCUGGCCGCCCGCUACAUAGACUUCUUGUACCAGGUCCUGCAGAGCGAUGAGCUGGACCACAAGAUCACCAGCUGCAACUACCUGGCCCACGAGAGGCUCAGCUACGCCUUCUCUGUCUGGAGGAUGGAAGGGGCUUGGUCCAUGUCCGCAUCCCACUGAGCCGGGGUCUUACGCCUCCGCCUCGAUGGAAACAAGCAGCAGCUUGCCAGCGCCCGGGCACCCAGACGCAGCCACCCCGCUCUCCUCCGGCACCCGAAAAACGACAGCAGCCUCCCCGGCGAGCAGGAGAGCACGAACCCCAUCCCACCCCACCAGCCCCCCCCUCGCCCUCGGGGCUGCUCUGACCUUUCCAAAAACCCAGGGCUGGGGUAGAGGGACCCGAACCAGGACCUGGGUGGUUUUGCUUGGAGUGAGCUUGGUUGGAUGCUGCGUAUGAAACUCUUUAGGGUGUAAUUUAUUUUUGACUCGCAGGUAAGAAAUAGUCGAGUUAUCUACUCCGGUCCUAGCCGCCUGCUUGCCGAGCCUGCAGGGAAGCCGAUGUCCUCGGCUCAGCAGGCUCGGUCCUCCCCGCUUUCCCCCCCCCGAUGCCUGCGGCCAGCCCCACAGCCAGGAUGAGCAGGCAGCUGCCUUCUGCCAGGACCAGGCAGGAAAAAUCCUCUCGGGACGAUGGGAUGGGGCUCGAGCCCUCCCUCGCUGGCCUGGUCCUCACUGCAUCCUCGGGGAUACCAAAAUGCGGCAUCCAAGGGUUUGGCUGAGGACCGAGCAUGGCUCGUGGGUUGUGUCCGCUUUUAUCCUGCUCUGAAGGUCUGCACCGUAAUGACACCGUGGUUUGAACGGCUGCCUGGGACGCAGAGUGGAUUUUGGGGGGGGCUGCUGAACCCCAAGGCUCGCGACACCCUCCACUCGCUCGUAUCCCAUGGACGUGUCUCAAAAUCACUCGCUCUGUUGGAAAAACCUGAUUUCUUUGAAAUUACUGGAAAAUAAGGCUGGAGACGUUACACACAGCCCUUCCCUCUUCCCCGUGAGGACGGGGGAGUUUGGGGACAUCUCGGGAGCGGUGCUGCUUUGGGGGGGAUUCAGGCUUUUUCGGGGGCGAGAUCAAAUUGGGUGAUGCGGAGAUGCUGGGGGGGUCAGAGAGGGGCAUCGGGGUUUCCGGACAAUCCCAAUAAAGUCCAAGGGGAGUUUUCCAAAGUUCAAUCCUUUUGUUUCCUAAGGAAAUGGAGCUGUUGUAAGCACGAGGCGGCGCGACCGCGCACCCACCCCUGCACCCUCUGUCAGCGCUGGUGCUCGGCCAGUUUUAUUUAAAUUGGGCAAAAGAGAAUCAGGUAUUUUUUGCUUGUAAUAGCAGAGAAAGGGGGGGGAAAGUCGCUGUAAGCGAGGCUGCAACAGGCACGCAACUCAAAAUAAUCCACGUGGGAGAGAAGUGUUACGAAUGACUCAAAGCAGAGUUUCAAUUAGUGAUCACGCUUUAUUACACACCAGAGAAUCCAACGAGAAGCGACAGCAAGGCUCAGACUAUCUUUUUCUAUAUAAUUCUCAAUUUUUUAUGUACAAUGUGAGUGGAUUCCCUGCUCUGGGGAGCUGACCGCAGCCUUUAAAAGAUCUGAAUGUGCUUAAAAAAAUAAAAAUUCCGUUAAAAAUAGGGUUGUGGAUGGCUUCGUUGACUGCAUCGGACAAAGUAUUUUACACAUGAAAAAUGAAACCACCUUUAGAAAUAUAAAUUUUCUUUCAAAAAAAUAAAAUGUGCUUUAAAAAUAAAAGGAAAAUACCUCUUUGUGGAGACUCAGGCUUCCAACCCUAAUUAAAAAAAAAGAGUAAAGUAUCUUUGUAAAAAUUAUUUUUCAAGUAACAUU